GCAGCGUCAGCGGUUCAGCCGGGGAAGGCGCGAGACUGGCGGUGGUUUUAAAAAGGAGGCGCGGGACGACGCGAGCUGGCCCGCCCGACCGACGACAUGGUGCGCACCAAGGCUGACGGCCCCUCGCUCUCCACCGGCUCCUUCCGAAAGGCUGUUGCUGCCAGAGCACCAAGGAAGGCACUGGGAUGUACCAGCACAGCAAACAUCUCUCUAACAUCUCCUGGGAAAAAGGAAAAUAAAUAUGCUGGUGGAAACCCAGUGUGUCCAAGACCCACCCCAAAGUGGCAGAAAGGGAUUGGAGAAUUCUUUGGUGGUCCUUCCAAACAACCUGAGAAAGAAAAUGCAGUUCCCUCAGAUGAUGAGCCCACUAGCAGCAAAGCUGAAACAAAGAAAACUCCAAGGAGGGCAUGUCGUCUGUCUGCAGUGUCUUCAGAUGAAGCUGCAUCAGGUGAUGAGAACUGAGCUCCAUGUUCCUUUGACCACAUCUGAUACUUGAACAGAUCUUUCUUGACGUGUAUAUGUGUAUAUAUGUCAAUUACUUUGUAGUAUGUACUUGUUAGUUGUUUUGUACAGAAAUUCAAUAAAAUACCAGUUUAAAUCCACAA